GGGUUGUGCUGCCAAGUUUAGUGUUUCUGGGAUGUGUAGUUUUGUUAUUUUGUCCUAGGCCAAAAUUUCAUUACCCUUUUAUAUAUAGAUAGAUGUGUAUUUUGACCUCAUGCAUAAGUUGAAGACAGGUUUGGGGGGCCAAAAUUGAAUUGUAUCUCAGUUGGACAUGAGGAAAUGGUUUAGAACAUGAAAAAGAUAAUAUUUUUAAAGGGAUGGUUGAGGACGUCAGAUAUGCCAUUGUGUUCUUGAUUUUUUAAAAACAAAAACUGUGAAGACACCUUGUUUGGGAAUUCAGAGUAUGUAGCUCAAGAUAAUAGAUUCCUCCAGUUGUUUCUGUUGAUAUUAUUCUUCUAGUUUGAGCUGGACAUUGUGAGCAGGGGGUGUUUACUUUGGAUAGGAAGCCAUUUCAACUGGCAGGGGAUGCCAGGAAAUUGAAUUAACCGAGAACAGCAUUCUAGUCUCAUGAUGCUGAGCACAGUGGGUCAGUUGCGAGACUUGAGUGAAUGAACAGCUCCGGGUUUCCUUUUUUCUCGAGUCUGAAAAAGUGGGGCCUGGGGAGAACUUGGUGAGAGGCUUCUUCUGCAACCCCUGCCUUCUACCGUAACCCGGGAGUGACAAUGUCUCACCAUAUGGGCCAUAAUAUGACCGGCUUGGCAAUGCCCACCUCUGAUCCUCAUGCGCACCAUCACAAUACGAUGGCUCCAGGACACAUGCACAGUGAAGGGAUGGCAAUGACCUUCUAUUUUGGAUAUGAGAAUGUGCCUUUGCUGUUUUCCGGGCUUGUCAUCAACACACCUGGAGAAAUGGCAGGAGCAUUUGUGGCCAUCUUCUUGCUGGCCAUGUUCUACGAAGGCCUGAAGAUUGCUCGCGAGAGCCUCCUCCGGAAGUCUCAGGUCAGCAUCCGCUACAACUCCAUGCCCGUCCCGGGACCAAAUGGCACCGUCUUAAUGGAGACGCACAAAACUGUUGGGCAACAAAUGCUGAGCCUCCCGCACCUUUUCCAGACGGCCCUUCACGUCAUCCAAGUGGUGGUCAGCUACUUCCUCAUGCUCAUCUUCAUGACCUACAACGGCUACCUCUGCAUCGCUGUGGCCGGAGGCGCCGGGACUGGCUACUUCUUCUUUAGCUGGAAGAAGGCGGUGGUGGUGGACAUCACCGAGCAUUGCCAUUAACCCCAGACGCACAGCCUCUGGACAGGACCAGGUUGACUGGAAACAUGCCAACGACACAUUUGGGAUGCCCUCCCAUCAAUGCCUGUGCCAUUCAGUCGCUCUUUUCCCCGGCAUCUUCCCUCUUGGGUGGUUGGAAGAGAGCUGACAACUGGCGAUGGCCGCUUCGGUAGGAUUAUUGGCUUAUAUAAUAGAAAUGAUUAGCGGUUUUGAUCAUCUUAUUUUUAAAAAAGACUGUCUUAUGAUUGAGAGUAGCAGGCGCAGGCCACGAUUCCAUGUUCUCUCUGUAAUGUUUUUAAACCGACAAUGUUUGGAUUGGGUGGGAAUCAAAUGAACGAUGGCAUGGAAUCAAAGCCGAGAGACCCAGAGAUGUAAACAAUCAGCAAGUUGAUGCAAUUGGUUCCGAUGUUUUUUUAAGCAGCUUUGAGUUCCUCAUUCUUUCUAAAUCUAUCAGUUCUUGUCUUUGGCCCAAAUAAAUAAUUGGACGCAGACAAUCUGAUGAUAACGGCACAUGAUGCGAAUUGUCCGUCGCCACUUAAUUGUGAAUGUGUAAAAUGUAUGCAAAUCAUUUUUUAAAAAGGAAAAAGUAUCAGGCAUCUUUUAAAUAAACGGAUGGAACAAACGCUGGCUUCAGUGUGAUGCAAAGGCUGACAAUUUGUUCUGAAACAAUCCAACCUGCCCUUUGUAUCCAUGUCUACAACUACCUCAGAUAAGACUGGGACAAACGGCCCGAAGCUGUGAGCCUUCUCUCACAUUUGGUACACUUCUGUGGCAAACAUUGCUUCUCAAUAUACAAGCCGGCCUGCUGUUUCAGGACAUAAGGAUGCUUUUGAUUAGACCCAUUUUACAGGAUUCGCAUUUGGGUUUGCUGUCCCAAAUGGCUGUGAACCAUGUUUCUUGACAUACUUGACUAUUGAAAAAUAAUUUGGUGUUUUGAAGGCUUUCAUGGCCAUAAUCACUGGGUUGCUGUGAGUUUUCCAGGCUGUAUGGCCAUGUUCCAGAAGCAUUCUCUCCUGAUGUUUCACCCACAUCUAUGGCAGGCAUCCUCAGAGGUUGUGAAGUACAAGAGAGAAUGCUUCUGGAACAUGGCCACACAGCCUGAAAAAUGCACACAAACCCAACCCAAUAUUGGUCUUAACAAACACACUAAUGUCUGUGUGUUUUCGAAGGCUUUCAUGGAAGGAAUCACAGGGUUGUUGUGUGUUUUCCGGUCUGUAUGGCCAUGUUCCAGAAGCAUUCUCUCCUGACGUUUCGCCCACAUCUAUGGCAGGCAUCCUCAGAGGUUGUGAGGUACAGAAGAGAGUGCUUCUGGAACAUGGCCACACAGCCCGAAAAAUGCACAACCGAACUUAAUAUUGGUCUUAACAAACACACACACUAAUGUCUGUGUGUGGUCGAAAGCUUUCAUGGCCAGAAUCACAGGGUUGUUGUGUGUUUUCCGGUCUGUCUGGCCAUGUUCCAGAAGCAUUCUCUCCUGACGUUUCGCCCACAUCUAUGGCAGGCAUCCUCAGAGGUUGUGAGGUAUAGGAGAGAAUGUUCUGGAACAUGGCCACACAGCCUGGAAAAUGCACACAAACCCAACCCAAUAUUGGUCUUAACAAACACACUAAUGUCUGUGUGUUGUCGAAAGCUUUCAUGGAAGGAAUCACAGGGUUGUUGUGUGUUUUCCGGUCUGUCUGGCCAUGUUCUAGAAGCAUUCUCUCCUGACUUUUGCCCACAUCUAUGGCAGGCAUCCUCAGAGGUUGUGAGGUACAGGAGAGAAUGCUUCUGGAACAUGGCCACACAGCCCGAAAAAUGCACAACCCAACCUAAUAUUGGUCUUAACAAACACACUAAUGUCUGUGUGUUGUCGAAGGCUUUCAUGGAAGGAAUCACAGGGUUGUUGUGUGUUUUCCGGUCUGUCUGGCCAUGUUCCAGAAGCAUUCUCUCCUGACGUUUUGCCCACAUCUAUGGCAGGCAUCCUCAGAGGCUGUGAGGUAUAUACAGCCCAGAAAACACACAACAACACUAAUGUCUCUUUCUAUAGCCCUAACCGUGAGAAAAAUAAAUAUUGGGAAUGGAAACCUCGAGUAAACACUAUCCUAGAAGUACAAAUGUUCUCGGCUAUAACUUGGUUUAUAUCCUUCAGGUUUCAGAGAUCCAAACCAUGUAAAUCAAAUCUGCAAAUACGGAGGAUUGACUGGAUUUUUUCUUUGGAGAAAGGGGAAGAAACAUUGCCUUUUCUUCCUUGCCAAGAUUACAAGAAGCAGCAGGAUUGUCUCAGCAACAGAUGUCCUUGCUGCUAAAUUGUUCACAAAGGUGCUAUGGCACAUCUCUUAUACGAUGCGCCAUUAUUUCAAACCGGUACUGCGUAUUGCCACUGGCCACUAAAUCCAAGUCAAGGGGAUUCAAAGAAGUUUGCAAGGUUCAAUUGUUGCCACUUAGAGCACUUCAGUUUUACAAGGGGAGGCAUAUAGAAACAUAACCACCCUCUAUUGUCAUUAUAACGAGCCACAUUCAUAUGAGCUAAUACGAUUUGUGUUGCCAGUGCUUUGUCCCACUGUAUUCAAGAAAGAAAAAGGUGCCUUUUCUAUGUUUCCAGUCUCUAUCUUUUCUAGCAUUGUGCCUCGCUGGAUGUACAUAUAUAUUUAAUCCAUAGUGGAGAUCGCCCUCCUGAUACUGUUAUGUAAGUACUGAUUAUCAGUCUGUAUGUAAUUAAUAAAGCAGAAUGUAUCUUAAA